UGGAGUUCCUACGGAGGCUAAAGAAGCAUAGCUUUUUUCACUACUCUGCGCCAGAUCCUUUGCAAGGCAGCAUGGAUUUAACUGCGGGAAUUGAGUCCUUUAACAAAUCAAUGGGAGUGUCUUUUUUCAAGCGCAAGCAUUCUUUCGUCAACUUCUUCUUUAUCUUCGGUAUCAGCAACUUGGUGCUCUACGUUGUGAGUGUGUUAAUUUCGUCGUAUAAAUCGCGCCACGAUAUUAUUAAGCUAAUCUACUGCAUUGCUACAUUUGGAUUUUGCUGUCAGGCCAUUAUGAAAAUAUACAGCUUUAUUAUAACUCGUCAGCGAGUCGUUGAUUUGUACGAGAUCAAUCAUCGUUACUAUCAACAUAUGAUGGGUCAAAGUAUUGCAGUCAAGCGUGUGCUGUGCGAUAAUGCCAGUCUUAUUUACAUCGUGAUUAAAGUGACUGUUCUAGUUUAUCUUCUAUUAGUGAUAACAGCAAUGAGCAUUCCUGGUUUGUCAUCGAUAUUUCUGGCAGAUCGCAUACUGCCGUUUGGAUUUGUCAUGCCCUUCAUAGAUGCAAACACAUUGGCUGGGUACUAUGCCAACUAUGGCAUUCAGCUUAUAAUGGCCAUUUACUAUUGGAUCAUCACGGUUGGGUCUGACAUCACUACCAUCUACAAUCUACUGACUGCGUACGGCCAACUGGACGUCCUGAUGACUAUCACAGAGGAACUGAAUGAACAGCUUGAACGUAAUGAGAGCCUCGAUACGAUCCAAGAUAAAAUAGUUGAGAUCAUACGGCAGUAUCAGCACCAUCGAACUUACUUAAAGCAACUUGUAGACUUUUUGAAUCCAUACCAUUUUGUAACGCUCAUCUCAACGGUUCCAACUAUGGUUAUCUCGGUGCUGGGAUUGGUUUUGCUGGAUUGGUAUCCGGGGGCUGCUAUUGUGUUUCUUGGAUCGGUUCAAAUAUUUUACAUUUGCUUUCUUGGAACCAGCCUCGAACUUAAGACCGAUGCUCUCACGUUGAAAAUUGGUGCCAUCCAUUGGGAUAAACUCUCUGUUCGAGACAUGAAGUUCAUGAAAAUGGUGCUAAUGAUGUCGCAAAAACCGAAAAUGCUGAUGGCAGCCACGUUACCCUUAAACAUUACGGCGUUUUUGCAGAUUCAUAAGUUUAUAUAUUCAUUGAUUAUGAUGCUGGAAAACACUAAAGGUUGAUUAGUACAUCUGUAAAUAGUUUUGUUGUGGCUAAAAUGUGCCACAAUAAAAAUGAAGCAAUAGUUUCAAUAGGUCGUUGCAUAAUCAGUAAAGAUUAAAUUUAAAUAUUUUAUUGUUUUGAUUGACUUUCAUACAAAUUAUGAAUCAAGAUACAGCAACUAAUGACAUGCUUCAAUUUUUACUUUUGUAUCAUUUCAAGCUCGAUAAUAUACUGGAGCACUGCAAUAAAUAGAACAAAAAGUUAUAUAACACACAGAAGAUGUAUCGUAAUCCAGUGCAACAUCAUCCGAUUUUAUUUUUAAAUUACUUUAUUACAAAAAAGCAAUACAACAAAUUCGAGCAGUCUGCGAGCUCACAUGAGACCUUGUACACCAUACAACUUCAUAGUCUCAGCGCCCUCGCAGUUAAGCAGCUUCGGUUGAGCAAUUCCAUUACAUGCAAACCUCUUCAAAAUGCCAGCGCUAUUCAACUUACAAAACAUUUCCCUACGUGAAUAACCUAUUUGACUACAUGAUUAUAAAACCCUGCAGAACGAACUAUCACUGAAUGGCAAAAUAAAAAAAUUACAUAGUUUUAGUUAAUCUAAAUACUAAUUAUUAAGACCAGCUCUCUCCCCCGCUCAUGAAAUUGUGAUGGAGGAAUAAAAUCCUACAUGCAC